GACAAAUCGCAGCCUCCUAACCUUAGGCUGCAGCUAACGGGGCUGCGAGCGCCCCGCCGCCCCACCGAGAGUCGCGGGCGGCUGGGCUCCAAGGAGGCCCAAAGCCGAGGCGGCGGCACCCGGCGCCCGGUGCCUUCCGGGGCGCGCCAGAUCUUAACUGUAACUGGGAGGGGCCUCCCAGGACAGCGGCGGGCGAGUUAAAGUAUGCUGGGAGCGGUGAAGAUGGAAGGGCACGAGCCGUCCGACUGGAGCAGCUACUACGCUGAGCCCGAGGGCUACACCUCCGUGAGCAACAUGAACGCCGGCUUGGGGAUGAACGGCAUGAACACGUACAUGAGCAUGUCGGCGGCCGCCAUGGGCAGCGGCUCGGGCAACAUGAGCGCCGGGUCCAUGAACAUGUCGUCCUACGUGGGCGCGGGCAUGAGCCCGUCCCUAGCGGGCAUGUCCCCCGGCGCGGGCGCCAUGGCAGGCAUGGGCGGCUCGGCCGGGGCAGCUGGUGUGGCGGGCAUGGGACCGCACCUGAGUCCCAGUCUGAGCCCGCUCGGGGGACAGGCGGCCGGUGCCAUGGGCAGCCUGGCCCCCUACGCCAACAUGAACUCCAUGAGCCCCAUGUACGGGCAGGCGGGCCUGAGCCGCGCGCGCGACCCCAAGACGUACCGGCGCAGCUACACUCACGCCAAGCCGCCCUACUCGUACAUCUCUCUCAUCACCAUGGCCAUCCAGCAGAGCCCCAACAAGAUGCUGACACUGAGCGAGAUCUACCAGUGGAUCAUGGACCUCUUCCCCUUCUACCGGCAGAACCAGCAGCGCUGGCAGAACUCCAUCCGCCACUCGCUGUCCUUCAACGACUGCUUCCUCAAGGUGCCCCGCUCGCCGGACAAGCCCGGCAAGGGCUCUUUCUGGACCCUGCACCCUGACUCGGGCAACAUGUUCGAGAACGGCUGCUACCUGCGCCGCCAGAAGCGCUUCAAGUGCGAGAAGCAGCUGGCGCUGAAGGAGGCUGCGGGUGCCGCGGGCGGCGGCAAGAAGGCGACCCCCGGGGCCCAGGCCUCCCAGGCUCCACUCGGGGAGGCCGCCGGGCCGGCCUCCGAGACUCCAGCGGGCACCGAGUCACCUCACUCGAGCGCCUCCCCGUGCCAGGAGCACAAGCGUGGGGGCCUGGGGGAGCUGAAGGGGACGCCGGCCGCGGCGCUGAGUCCCCCGGAGCCCGCGCCCUCGCCUGGGCAGCAGCAGGCCGCGGCCCACCUGCUGGGCCCGCCCCACCACCCCGGCCUGCCGCCCGAGGCCCACCUUAAGCCGGAGCACCACUAUGCCUUCAACCACCCCUUCUCCAUCAACAACCUCAUGUCCUCGGAGCAGCAGCACCAUCACAGCCACCACCACCAUCAGCCCCACAAAAUGGACCUAAAGGCCUACGAACAGGUGAUGCACUAUCCUGGCUACGGCUCCCCCAUGCCCGGCAGCUUGGCUAUGGGCCCGGUCACGAACAAAACGGGCCUGGACGCCUCGCCCCUGGCAGCAGACACCUCCUACUACCAGGGGGUGUACUCGCGACCCAUUAUGAACUCCUCCUAAGAAGAAGGCUUCAGGCUCGGAAAGCUCUGGCAGAGUUUGACAAGGACAAGGGAGGCAAGGGGGGGGUCUUCACUGGAGAGACCAGGGGGAAGAAAUCUGUGACGCCCCAGCAGUCCCCCUCACCCUCCCAAACAGAGGGCCACGCUGACACCUAUCGUCCCAUAUGAGGAGAAAAAUGGGGAAAACAUAUUUUUAGAAAACCUCCAGUUUCCACUACAGUGUAGACUCCGCUUCUUUAAGCACCUGCAGAUUCUGAGUUUUUGUUGUUCUCCUCCACUGCUGUUGUUGCAGGAAAGUCUUACUUAAAAAAAAAACUUUUGUGGGUGAAUUGGUGUAAAACCAUGUAGUUUUAACAGAACCAGAGGGUUGUACUAUUGUUUAAAAGGAAAAAAAAAAUAAUGUAAGGGUCAGUUUUAAAUGACCAAGAAAAAGAAAAAAAAUGCAUUCUCAAUCUCAACACGGUGGAAUCCAGGUCUUGGGUCUGAUUAAUUUAUGGUUUCUGUGUGCUUUAUUUAUGGCUUAUAAAUGUGUAUCCUGGCCGCAAGGGCCAGAGUUCCACAAAUCUAUAUUAAAGUGUUAUUGCCGGUUUUAUCCUUUGAA